AGAUACCCGCUCCUCUUCUUGGACCCUUCUCCCUCUCUCUCUCUCUCUCUCUGCGCCGGGAAUGCGAUCGUUGGAGCUUUUCCCUAGCGUUGAUGCGUAGAGAUUAGGGUUUCUAGGUCUAGCGUUGUGGAUCUGUGUAGAAAGAGGUAGAGGUAGAGAGAGGGGCGUUGAUGGAGGGAGGAGGGGGGGAGGCGAGGGCGCCGCUCCUGAGNGGGGGGAGGGGGAGGGAGGUGGGGACGAGGAGGUGCAACUCGGUGACGACGAUGAGGAGCGAGUUCGUGGCGAGGUUGCCGGAGAAGGUGAAGGAGUGCGUCGACCCGGAGAAGCCCUUCCACAUCGACGUCUCCCGCACCAGAGGAUUGAUCGAAGCGGAAAAGGAAUACUAUGAAAAACAGUUUGCCACCUUGAGAUCCUUUGAAGAAGUUGAUGCGAUAACUUCGGCAAAUGAAAUUGAUGAAGCCCAAGAUCUUGAAGAGCAGAGACAAAGUGAAUUCGCCAUGAGGAUAUCAAACUAUGCAAAUAUUGCUCUCUUAGCCUUAAAGGUAUAUGCUACCAUAAGGAGUGGAUCCAUCGCAAUUGCUGCCUCGACGCUUGAUUCCUUGUUGGAUCUGAUGGCAGGCGGCAUUCUCUGGUUCACCCAUCUUUAUAUGAAGAAUAUAAAUAUAUACAAAUUUCCUAUUGGCAAGCUGCGGGUGCAACCUGUGGGAAUUAUUAUAUUUGCUGCUGUUAUGGCCACACUAGGAUUUCAGAUUCUAGUUCAAGCUGUUGAACGUUUAAUAGAAAAUGAAACUCCUGAUAAGAUGACUACGGCACAACUAGCUUGGUUGUAUUCGAUCAUGCUGUCUGCAACUGUUGUAAAGUUGGCUCUCUGGCUCUAUUGCAGAACCUCAGGGAACAAGAUUGUCCGUGCUUACGCUAAGGAUCAUUAUUUCGAUGUUGUGACAAAUGUUUUGGGUUUGGCUGCUGCUGUUCUCGGAGACAAAUUUUACUGGUGGAUUGAUCCAGCUGGGGCUAUUGUACUUGCAAUUUACACAAUUACAAAUUGGUCUGGAACUGUCUGGGAAAAUGCAGUUUCACUAGUUGGUCAAUCAGCUCCUCCAGAAAUGUUGCAGAAGUUGACGUACCUUGUUAUAAGGCAUGAUCCUCAAAUUAAGCGUGUUGACACAGUUCGAGCUUACACAUUCGGAGUUCUCUAUUUUGUGGAGGUCGACAUUGAACUCCCCGAAGAUCUGCCUCUAAAAGAAGCGCAUGCUAUUGGUGAAUCGCUGCAGAUAAAGAUCGAGGAACUCCCGGAGGUCGAGCGAGCGUUCGUCCAUCUCGAUUUUGAGUGCGAGCACAAGCCGGAGCACUCGGUCCUCAGCAAACUUCCCAAUAACCAACCAUGAGCUCUCUAUUGUCAUCAUCUACAAUAGUUUGGUUGGUUUUCUCUUCCUCUGCCUCAUUUAUAAAUAGUUCAACAUCUUCCAUGCGGCGAAUUUAAGUGUGUUAAAGGUGCUUUCGCGACCUUUUUAAAGUAGGUUUAAGGAACUUGAAAGCGCGUGAGCUGUUUAAUUCAUUAUUAUCUUAGCUUUGAGUGCGAGAAGGUUCUGGCGUGGAUCAAAUUGGAAUAUUUUGGACAAAUAGUAGGGUAAAUUAUCAGUGUUGUACAACAUGAGAGAUGUUAGCUAUAGCUUCAGAUGAGUUUUUCAAGUGUAGGUACAUUUGCAUGAUUUUUCACCUUUCGACAAUGCAAUUGUGCUCAAUUAUUAUAUCUACCGUGAGAAUUAUAUCUGAAGUUUUAUUUCUUAUCUUAA